AUGAACGCUACUGUUGCUUCAGAAUACUCAUCGGAAAUCCACUCCGUGCCCAUUGAACAUAGAUUCAAUCCAUACUCCGAUAAUGGUGGUACCGUUUUGGGUAUCGCCGGAGAAGACUUUGCUGUUUUGGCUGGAGACACCAGACAAGUAGAAGGGUAUUCGAUCCAGUCACGUUACCAGCCCAAGGUGUUCAAUGUUGGGGACGACAUUGUGAUGACGGCCAACGGUUUUGCUGCCGAUGGUGCUGCGUUAAUUGACAGAUUCAAGAACCAAUUGCAAUGGUAUAAAUUUGACCACGGCGGAAAGAAGUUGAAUAUCAAAUCUGCUGCCAGAUACAUCCAGCAUCUUCUUUACGGAAAGAGAUUCUUUCCGUAUUACGUUAGCACUUUGAUAGCGGGACUCGACGAAGAAGGUAAGGGUGCUGUUUAUUCGUACGACCCCGUAGGUUCUUAUGAAAGAGAACAGUGUAGAGCUGGAGGAGCUGCUGCUUCGUUGAUCAUGCCCUUUUUAGAUAAUCAGGUUAACUUCAAGAACCAGUAUGAACCUGGAAGUGAUGGCAAGAAAAAGAGAGAAUUGAGAUACUUGACGUUGGACGAAGUGUUGGAGUUGGUGCGCGAUGCCUUUUCUUCAGCCACAGAAAGACAUAUCCAAGUAGGUGAUGGAUUAGAGAUCUUGAUUGUCACUAAGGAAGGUGUGAGAACAGAGUACUUUGACUUGAAGAGAGAUUAA